CCGCCGGUGAGCAGUCGUCGUCGAUGCCCUCCUGCUCGUUCGUUCGUUCGUUCGUCCUCUGUUCUCGCAGCUCUCACUGCUCGUGCUGCUGCUCAUGCUCGGCUGGGCUCGGACGAUGCUGUGAGUGAGACGACUUUCGACGAGUGCCUCCGUCUUCCUCGAUGAUGCUCGUUACGAUCUGUGGCGAUCGUGCUACUUUUUUCUCCUUUUCGAUCUCGCAGGCUGGGCUGGCUGGCUAGACUUUUCUUCUCUGUGCCCUUCUGACUGUCUGACCAUCGACAAUCCCCUCUUUCUGUUGUUUUUUUCUGCUAGGUUUUCGAUCCGCUGGCAAGAAUCAUUUCUGAUUCUCACGCUCUUCUAUCUCUCCCUCUUUUUUUAAUCGGGUCGGUAGCUGGGCUGGCUGGCUGGCUUGGGUGGGGUGAGGUGGGCGGGCCGGGCCGGGCCGGGACGGUGACGGGGUCGAGGACGAGGAACCAAGCAAGGUAGGCACGGGAGGCUCGAGAGGGCAGGGUGAGGAGCUUUUAAGGGUUUGCCAUCGCUGCAUCGCGUUUUUUCUUCCUCCUUUUCUCGCAUUCUUCCGGAGUGAUGGCUUUGCGUGGUUCCCACCGUAAUGGCUGGAGUUCUGGUGAAGAAGAAGAUCCCGAUGAGAGAGAGGAGGACCAAGAUCGUGAUGAAGGCGGCCGCAUAGGUCGGCCUCUUCGUUCCACCAUCGUGUGUGUUCGUCCUGAUGCCGAAUCUGCGCCUCAUAGCCCGUCGCUGUCGCCUCCGAGUAAGGUUGUAAACCUGACUGAAGAUAUUGAGCAUAGUGGCAGGAUAGAACACCUGAACACCGAUCGCCUCACGGUGUCUCAUCGUAGGGACUUAGAGAAAGGGAAGGAGGCAAUUCGAGUUUUGAAGGGUGUUGAAUUGGAGCGAGGAGUGCCUCCAGGAAAGGACAGAGGAACAAUUAGGUUCAGUCGAAGUUCGAGGGAACGAGAUGCUGAAAUACCUACUGCAGAAGUUAGGGAUUCAGAUCGAGAUAGGGCGACGCAGAGGGAUUAUCCUCAAAAGGACCGUCUAAGAGAUAGAGAUGAAGGCUUUAGACGAGAGAUCGGCAGGCGGGAAAGUGAAAAACUGCCGGAUGUGGGCCACAUUAGGGAUCAAGACCAAAGGCGGCUUGUAGGUGACGUGAAAGGGAAGGAGAAACGGUAUGCUAGCGAUGAUGUUCGGGGUACUGGAUAUCAUAAAGAGAGAACCUUUUCAAGAGACGGUGGAUCCUUUAAUCAGCAUGAUCGUGGUCAUAACUCACAUAGUUUGCGCAGGGAUAGAGUUGAUUCACAUAGCUCUGAAGAAAGAGAUGCUGAGAGCCCGAGGUUCAAUUCUCGAAACGAGGGACCUAGGAGCAGUAGGCAGGAUGAUUUGCAGAAUCCUUGGAAAGAAAGAAAUUUCAGAGGGGAAAGAAGGAAUGAAAUUGAUCGAGGGAGAGACAAACACCGAGAUAGAGGAGAUGGUCCAUUGCCAGAGCUUUACAGCAUACACAAAGCCACGGUUCACUCGAUUCGGCCAUUCGGUUUGUUCGUUAAAUUGGAUGGCUACAGGAACCAUGGCCUGGUCCACAUUUCCCAGGUCAGCGAUCACGAGGUAACCAAAAGGGAUGAUCCAGAUGCUGUGAAAGUUGAAGCGUUGUCAUCAGUAGCAGCUGAAGGAGAAUCCAUCUACGUGAAAGUGAUCUCAGUGAAAACAGAGGAGGAUGGCAGUGUGAAAGUCGGGUGUUCGCUCAAGUAUGUGUCUCAGGGAGACGGAAGAGAUCUGGAUCCCAAUAACUUGCAGCUGGAAAAGCUGCAGGCAAAGCCUGCUUGGCAGGCGCCUAAAAAGGCAACUUCCUCAUUCCUUUGUUUCCACCUCAAAAGAGCGAAUGAGUUCUUCUUUGAGGCCUCCUUCACAUUAUCAAUUGUGGAAGAAUGAUUGAAGUAGGAUGCUUUAAGCAGGAGGGAGGACUUACUUUUGGGGUAUGGGAAGGGAAGCGGUCGGAGACCAAAUACAUGCAAACUAAUGCAAUUGGAGGCAGUGUAUAAUGUGACCUGUACGCGCUGUGGGGGUCACGGACAUUUGAGGAAGGAAUGCUACUCAUCGGGUGAUAAAACCUACGACCUAUUGCAAGAAGGUGAUGACAGCCUUCAUGGAGAACACGCGAAGGAUAAUGGAAAUGUCGUGUAUUCUGCCCUUUCACUAGGUCAGUCUUCUAGAGCUCCAAGUGGUCCUGUUGGCAGAGGACGGGCUAUGGUGCAGCCAGCUUGGAUGAAGCAUGGCGUCCGUGUUGGUGACGAUGCAGACAAAGUCUUAGGUCGUAGGACUUCAGCUGGUGCCAAUGAAGGCUACAAGGACGAGGCAGCUCUUCCAGAGAAGGUCACGACGGUGCAGGAAGCGUUAGCUGUCAUCGCAAAGCUGAAGGAAGAAAAACACCGUAAGAGAGACGAGAAGAGGGAGCGGAAGUCCCACAAGAGCUCGAAGAAACACAACAGCAAGGAUGGAAAACGGGAUAAACACAGAAAGAGGCAUUCGUCCGAUGACGAGUACAAGAGUAGGAAGAAAUAUAGGAUCUAAGCGUCGCCACCUGUGAGGCUCAUGAGGAAACCAGCAGAGAUAAUGAUGGUGCAGCUGCUUGAAAGCCUGUCUUGUUCCUGUGGCCAGCUGCCCAUUUUCUUUCUGUUUUGUCUUCGUGUUUGAGAAUUCAACACUCUCAUUUCCUUGUAGUAUUCAACACCGUGAAUCAUGAUUGUAAAGAAGGGAGUAAGCAUUUGGAAGUUCCCGGAAAAAAACCGUCUGAUGCACGAAAGAUGUGCGACUGCCGACAAAUCUACCAACGUUGACAUGAAUAUUCGCAACAUUGUAGGUUGAACUUUGAAUCAGAUGCCUGCAGACUUUGAGUCAUGUAUGACAUAUCUCAUAACCAGUUGCUGCACGGAGUGUGGACAAGGUGCCUUUUUUUACCACCUUCGAUUCAUAGCUAAUUUUCAAUCCGCUACCAUGACCUAUAUGUGAAUUAAAAACUGGAGCUGGUCUAUUUAAAGAAAUUGAGUUGGUGGCC